GACCCCUGAUUUGCAUCGUCCGUUGCCCCCUUGAUCGGAUUUCAUGGUAAAAGCCGCACAAUAUCGUAACAUUGGUAUGCUUCCUACCAUACCCUUUCUAGAUAACUUCCAGGCCUUGUGUCUCGACCGCCCGAUUCCCUCCCUUCCGACUCCCUCCCAGUCUUUGAAUCUCGAUCGUACCUCCCUCUAUUCGUGUUCUGUUCACAUCGGUCGCCGUGCUCUGAUCACAUCGGACUUCGCAUUCUGAUCGCAUUGGACACGAUGACCAAGCCUACCUGUCUAGUGUCCGUCGUCAUCGCCCUCUUGCUCACCUCUACUCUCCUUCCAGUAAGCGCUCACUCUCUUCUCGACGAAGGCUGUAAUCCCAAGGAACAUAACGCAAGGAAGCAGAAGCACGUACGCCGUCAAGUUGUCUCAUCAGGCGAGGGAAGCUCUCCUGGAAGCUCAGGAGGAGCCGCAGCUGCAGCCUACAAGUGCGAUCCAUCGGUGUGCCUCAUCGAGAACAACUGCCGCUGUGCUUCGACCACUCCACCAGGCAAUCUUGAUCUCUCAGAUGUGCCUCAAUUCAUCGUGCUCACUGCCGACGAUGCCGUCCAGUCAUACACUGUAGACGCGCUUGAGACUCUCAUUGGAGGCCGCACCAACGGCAACGGAUGCAAGGCAACCCUCAGUUACUAUACAUCAUUGUCUUACACCAAUUACUCCAUGAUCACAGAGCUGGCAGUAGACCGUCACUGGGAGUUCGCCGACCACACAGUCUCUCAUGUCGGAGCACCCGCAAAGGAUGAAAUCGCUGGAAAUCUCAUCGCCCUCAAUGCCCUUUCUGGUCUCACCUACAAGAGCGUGGCGGGUUUCAGAGCACCCUUCUUGAAUUAUACAAUGGAGACUCUGCAGCAUCUCCACGAUCUCGGCUUCACCUACGACUCAUCCAUGUCUUCCUCGGUGCCUGUCACUAGCGAAGCGACGGACGCAUACUGGCCUUACACCUUAGAUUUCGGGGCCGCAAAUGACUGUGGUGAUGGUAUAAGUGGGAUGUGUUCUGGUCAGCCACAAUUGCCUGGCCUCUGGGAGUUUCCGAUGUACAGUGUCUACGACAGCGAAGGCACCGCCUAUUUGAUGGAUCCGUGGCUGGAGGACGAGCCUGACGUUGUACUGAAGUGGAUGCAGAAUACUUUCCUCGACCACUACGCUCGCAAGACGCCCUUUGGUAUGUACAGUCACCCCAUCAACAUCGCCUCAGGAUACCCAGGUUUGCCCGACAAGACCUCGACUGUGGCAAUGCUCAAUGAGUUCCUCGAUUGGGCGACCUUGAACAGCUCUUUGCCUAAUGUGUGGCUUGUUACCAACCAGCAGCUUCUAGCGUGGAUCCGCAAUCCCGUAAAGGCCAGCGAGCUGAACACGCUAGACGAGUUCAAGUGCAAUACGCCGAAUGUCACACAGCCCAUCUGCUCUGGCAUUCCGCACCUGGAGGCAGGCCUGCUUCAGCACUGCAUCAGCGAUGUAGCCGGAGACCCACUGAACAACUCGCCCUUUUACACCUGCUAUGGUUGCCCUGAGACUACGCCAUCGGCCGCAAACCCAAAUCCCGCCCAGAAGAACAAUGACGGAUCGGUUCGAUUUCGAAUUCCCGCAGAUUGUGACACUCCCUUUUGGGACCCGAUUGCAGGCAAGUGUCUUGCUAGCGGCUAUACUGAUACGACCAGGUCCAUUGGUGCCAAUGGAGCCAAUGUAGCGCCCCAGGGUGGGACGAAUGUCAAUGGCAGCUCUAGCUCGGGAGACACCUACCAGUCCUUCAAUGCUGCUACGAGCCCUCCGAAGGGAUACAGUAUGACGUUUGUCUGCUCUGUCAUGCUCAUCAUCCUGGCCGCGGGCCACUGGCUCUAGAUACUCAGGCCACACAAGCAACCCCGAGCAAGCCUGAAAGCGACUUUCGCUCAUUGCCCUCGUCCGAGCCAGGCCAGGCCCGGCUUGGCGGGGGCGACUCGACACCAGAACCAUUCUCUUCAAUUUCCCCCUCUCCUCCUUCCCACAUACCUGAGCACGUGUAGAAUUCCAAUCUAAUGGCAAGAGCAUGUAUAGAACUCCGACCCAAUGGUAACACCUGGCAUCUGACUUGUGACGAUGAUUGUUCUGCUUACCGGACCUUGCUCUGAAUUUGAUUGCAUCUUGGCU